AUGAUCCCUACACCUAAGGAUGUCUCCCCCCAUAAAGAUGUCUCCCCCUUACUAAUUGAGCCGGAAAGAGAUCUGAACGGAAUCGACGGUGUGGACAAGAAAUAUGUUGCUCACCUGGCCACAGAGCUAGACUGUCGUGACUAUGCCCCAGUGUAUGACCCAAAGUAUGACCCACAGUAUAACCCACAGUAUGACCCAAAGUAUGACCCACAGUAUAACCCACAGUAUGACCCACAGUAUGACCCACAGUAUAACCCACAGUAUGACCCAAAUAUGACCCACAGUAUGACCCAACAGUAUGACCCACAGUAUGACCCACAGUAUGACCCACAGUAUGACCCACAGUAUGACCCACAGUAUGACCCACAGUAUGACCUAACAUGUGCCCCACAGUAUGACCCACAGUAUAACCCACAGCGUGACCCACAGUAUAACCCACAGCAUGACCCACAGUAUGACCCACAGUAUGACCCACAGUAUGACCCACAGUAUGACCCACAGUAUGAUCCACAGUAUAACCUACAGUAUGAUCCACAGUAUGACCCACAGUAUGACCCACAGUAUGACCUAACAUGUGCCCCACAGUAUGACCCACAGUAUAACCCACAGCGUGACCCACAGUAUAACCCACAGCAUGACCCACAGUAUGACCCACAGUAUGACCCACAGUAUGACCCACAGUAUGACCCACAGUAUGACCCACAGUAUGAUCCACAGUAUGACCCACAGUAUGACCCACAGUAUGAUCCACAGUAUGACCCACAGUAUGACCCACAGUAUGAUCCACAGUAUGACCCACAGUAUGACCUAACAGUAUGA